AUGUCGACAGACACAAUGUAUCUCAAUAGCUCUAGGCGCUUGCCAGCUACUGGCAAGAACAGGACCAGUCAGCUGCAAAAGCCGGAGAAGAAGAUGGUGAAAGCCCAGCGCAAGAAUAGGAGUCGUCAGGAAGCAACUGUCGCGGAAGAUCAAGCUUCACUACCACAACCUCAGGCGCUUCCUAACGGCGACAGACCUAAUUUUGGUAAUUCCGGAAAGAAAGACAGAAGCCAAAAAAAACCUCACAACAAUAGCAGUGGCAGCAGCAGUGGCAGCAGCAGUGGCAGCAGUGGCAGUGGCGGUAUUGUUGAACGUGGCAGAGCUCCAAACAGCAAACAGGUCAUUUCGUCAACAGUCUCGAACCCUGCGUUGGAUAGCAACGGAGGUGAGUUCCCUCAUGGGGGAUUGUCCCAGAUGAGCAACGGGUACACGGAUGUUUCAAGGCCUGUAUCAGCGCGCCAAAUGACCCCACAAUCUUUGCCCAGUGCAUCACCUAUGCAAUCUCCACUACCACUACCUCCUUCCGACAACACUCCUCUGACUGUAUCACCAUUGCCACACCAACCGGGUCUUUUUCAACAGCAGCACCAGCAUCAACAAUUCCAGCAGUUGCGUCAAAAUCAGCAAUUUCAGCAAUACCAGCACCAGCAGUACCAGCACCAGAUAUUGAACCAACAGCAACACCCGAACCAAGGUCGUUUUCCUUCUACCAUUCCUUCUGGACUGCCCCCCUUGGGGCCCAACUACGCCUUAUCCUCGGGUACAGGUCCAUAUCAUUCUCAAAUGCAGACACCAUUCUCGAAUGGUACUGUGCAACAUAAUCCUGGAUUUUACGGGAUUCCCCCUCCUGCUCCUCCCCCAAUGACCAUUAUGCCUGGUCAUUUUCCACAUAAUCCGCCAGUAUUCAAUCCCGCGUUACCGCCACAAUUUCAUUCUCCCAGCUCCGCUCCCACCAGGCCCACAAGCAGUGGUAUUGCAGGACCCGCAACCUCCCUUUUCGAGGAACCUCGAGCGUCCAGUGCUAGUUUGGGCUCCAGUGCCAGUUUGAGCUCCAGUCCUAACACAAGCAGCACAGAUGUAAAACCUUCAAGCAACAAGAAAACUUCCAAAAAAUCGAAGGCUGCAGCAAAGCUUGCUCAAGGUGGAUACGCCGGUGCGUCAUUCGCCACAAGCGUGCCUUCUAUUACAAAUUUACCCAAGCCAAGUUUCACUUGA